AUGUACUGGAUGAGAUUGCUUGAAGGUGUCUCUCUGUCGAAACAAAUUGGCGUGGCAUUGUUGCCCCUCAAAAAGCUGGCUCAUGGAUUACUUCCAGCAAUGAGCUUCACCAUCCUAGGGUUUUGUGCAUUCUCUCAUGCGAUGUGUGCUGUGCAAGUGACCCCUGAGCAUUUGUGGCCGCACACCUUUUGGUAUAGCUUUACCUCCCUGAUAACCCAAGGGCUGCCCGAGCAUCCGCCGGAUGACUACCUUGAACUGUUUUUGCUCUACGGUGGUGUCCUGUUUUUUUCCAUUUUCGUGAUGAACAUUUUCAUCGGAGUGAUCAGUGAGCAAUACGCUUCAGAGAAGGAACAGGGAGAUGUGAUGUUUGAAAGGGUCCGGGCCCAUUCCUGCCUAAACUAUCUCACACGUAUCACUGUGCUCCCCUGCAAUUUGCUCACACCAAAAGCUGCAGCGCUGCUAGCGUUGGGAACCAUGGCUUUGACCUUGAUGCUACAGCUUGGGGUCCUUUACUCCAGGCGACCCGUGCCAGGUAUUCUGCAGCUCGCAGCUUUCAUUGCUUCACAAGUAGUGCUCUUCAUGGUUUCCAUUCAGUGCAAGGGCAAAAGUUUUCCAUGGAGCCAACAUGAUGGUGCCAAGAGAUACCUGUGGAUUUGUGAGCCCUCCGAGCCUAGCAGCUCCCGGGACCUUCGUAGCCCUUGGGCCCAGCAGUCAAACGACAGCGUACGAUUGGUCGAAGCCGUGGAGAGAACUCUUGCUAUGAAUUUGGACGGUAUGAGGCAGGUAGUGAGGAGUGAGAUGAUGGCCAGCAUGUCCGUUGCCGGACGCGACAGCACAUGGCCCAGAAGUGAUGGCCCAGAAGUGGUCAAUCAAGACAAAGAACCAUUCUUCAAGCGGUGGGGGCGCUAA